AUGCAAGACUCUUACGCUGAAAAACUCGAUUGGGUGUUAUCUCAGGUUGAAACAUCAUUAUUAGCAUCGAACUUUUGCACACACACAAUACUUGGUGCAGCAAUAGGUGGACAUAGACCAAUCACAUUUGAUUUAUAUUGUGAGAUCUACAGACAGUUACAAAAAAAUCCCAUCGAUAUACGAUUAGAAGAUGAAAAUUAUAAAAUUCGCCUACUUGUUCGAAAUUCAUUGUCAGAUGACAGACGAAUACAACUCAAAAAUUUAAUGAAAAAUUUAUCAUCAAAAAUGAGAAGUGAUCAAUUAUGGUCUGUGGUAAACAGAUUUCAUGGAAAACGCACAAAUCGAGAAUUAAAGUACGAACUAAAAUAA